AUGUCUACCUUAGAAUCUGAGGUUUUGAAAAAGAACAAGUCUGCAGAAAUAUCAGAAGAGAUUACUCUUGAUGGAAGUGUUGAUUUGCAUGGUUGCCCUGCAAACAGAGCCAAAUCUGGAAGAUGGAUUGCUGGAAUUAUUAUACUAUUGAACCAAGCUCUAGCAACCCUUGCAUUCUUUGGGAUGGGAGUGAACCUAGUGCUGUUUCUGACAAGGGUGGUAGGACAAAAUAAUGCUGAUGCAGCUAACAAUGUGAGCAAGUGGACAGGAACAGUUUACAUCUUCUCUCUUGUCGGUGCUUUCCUCAGUGAUUCUUAUUGGGGAAGAUAUAAAACUUGUGCUGUCUUUCAGGUCAUUUUUGUUAUAGGUCUAAUGUCCUUAUCCCUGUCAUCAUACCUGUUCUUACUCAAGCCUAAAGGUUGUGGGAAUGAAACAAUUAAUUGUGGAAAACAUUCAAGAUUGGAGAUGGGGAUGUUCUACCUGUCAAUCUAUCUCGUUGCCUUGGGUAAUGGAGGUUAUCAACCAAAUAUUGCCACAUUUGGGGCUGAUCAGUUUGACGAGGAGCACUCAAAGGAGGGUCACUCCAAGGUGGCCUUCUUUAGCUACUUCUACCUAGCUUUUAACUUUGGUCAACUCUUCUCAAACACCAUUCUGGUCUAUUUCGAGGAUGAAGGAAUGUGGGCUCUUGGUUUCUGGCUGUCUGCAGGUUCUGCCUUUGCUGCUCUGGUCUUGUUUCUAGCAGGCACCCGGAGGUACAGACACUUCAAGCCCAGUGGCAACCCUCUCUCCAGGUUCAGCCAAGUCCUUGUGGCUGCAUCAAGGAAAUCCAAAGUUCAAAUGUCAUCCAACGGAGAGGACUUAUUUCAAAUGGACGCAAAGGAGUCUUCAACCAAUGCCAACAGAAAGAUCCUCCACACUCAGGGGUUCAAGUUCUUGGAUAGGGCAGCAUUUAUAUCUUCAAGAGAUCUAGAAGACCAGAAAGGGACCGGUUACAACCCCUGGCAUCUCUGCCCUGUAAGUCAAGUUGAAGAGGUGAAGUGCAUACUGAGACUUCUGCCAAUUUGGCUCUGCACCAUAAUAUACUCGGUGGUUUUCACACAAAUGGCUUCACUUUUUGUGGAGCAAGGCGCUGCCAUGAAAACCACGGUCUCCAAUUUCAGAAUACCACCAGCUAGCAUGUCCAGCUUUGAUAUCCUCAGUGUGGCUGUUUUCAUUUUCUUUUACCGUCGAGUUCUUGAUCCGUUUGUGGGAAAACUUAAAAAGACAGAUUCUAAGGGACUUACAGAGCUUCAGAGAAUGGGAGUUGGACUUGUUAUAGCAGUACUGGCAAUGGUUUCGGCUGGAUUAGUUGAAUGCUAUAGGCUUAAGUAUGCAAAACAUGAAUGCAUCCACUGCAAUGAUACGAGCACUUUAAGCAUCUUCUGGCAAAUCCCUCAGUACGCAUUUAUAGGUGCUUCCGAGGUUUUUAUGUACGUAGGUCAAUUGGAGUUCUUUAACGCUCAGACACCAGAUGGCUUGAAGAGCUUCGGAAGUGCACUUUGCAUGACAUCCAUUUCUCUUGGGAACUAUGUGAGUAGCUUACUUGUAAGUAUGGUUAUGAAGAUAUCCACCGAAGAUCACAUGCCGGGGUGGAUCCCUGGAAACCUCAAUAAAGGUCACUUGGAUAGGUUUUACUUCCUCUUAGCUGCCUUGACAUCGGUAGACAUGAUUGCCUAUAUUGCAUGUGCAAAAUGGUACAAGUGUAUACAGCUAGAGGGGAAAAGUGAAGAGAAUGAUGAGUCAAAAGUAUAA